AUGGCACACUUCAAACCGGACGAAUCUACAUUCUCCAGGCUGAAAAAUGCCGUCGUCGUGAUCUCAGGAGCCGCUACGGGGAUCGGAGCAGCGACGGUGAAGACACUGGCCAAGCAUGGAGCGAAGGUCGUGCUAGGCGACAUCAACACCGAAGCAGCGGAGAAGCUGUGCAAAGAACACCCCGGCCUGCACUUCGUCCAAUGCGACGUGACAAAGUACGACGACAUCUACAAGUUAUUCAAGACGGCGUACGAUCAGCAUGGCCGCGUGGACCAUGCUGUUUCUUGCGCGGGCAUCUUCGAGAAGGGCAACUGGUUUGAUCCGAAGCUGACCAUCGACUCCGUGGGCAAGAACAGUGGGGAUUUGCAGGUGCUGGACGUGAACGUUAUUGGCACGUUACACUUUGCUCGGAUCGCUGCUGUCUUCCUACGUGAGGGAAAGAAGGCGGGCGAGGAUAAGAGCCUGGUACUCUUGUCCAGUGUGAAUGCCUUUCGAGAAUCGCCUGGCUUGUUCAUCUAUCAGACGGGCAAACACGCCGUCCAAGGAACGCUACGAAGCUCGCGGAAACCCCUCUAUGAACGAGACGGGAUCAGAGUCAAUGCCGUGUGUCCCGGGGUGACCGACACCGAGAUGACCAAAGGCAUCAUCGGAGCCUUUCGAGACCACGGCUUGUUUUGGCAGCCUGGCGAGGCCGUCGGCAAUGUAAUCGUCGCCCUCCAAGCUGAUUCGAGCAUCGUUGGGAAGGCAUACUACAUCGAAGGUGGCGACGCAUGGGAAUACGAGGACUCCUUCUAUGCCAUGCAGCCCCAGUGGUUGGGAGAGGAGGGGACUAGACGAAUGCGAGUGAACGCAGAAGCAGUCAAUCGGGGUGUUUUGACUCCCAAAGACGACUGA